AUUCUCAAAAAUAUACUCCUGUCGCGCCUCUUCUCCGCCCUGCUACGGUUCUCGAUUGAUCAAAACCUCCGAAUUCGGACAGACGCUGCCCAGGUACAGGCUACCUUCUCCAUUACAAUGCGUCCAUCGGUACAAGCAAUUCGAAACUUCGCAACUGUCUCGCCAGUUAGCAGCGCAGCCCGCAAUCACAAAAUCGUAGUCAUCGGUGGCGGUUCCGCUGGUAUUGCUUUGAGCCAUCAAUUACUGCGCAAAGGAAACUUCACACAAGAUGAUAUUGCUGUCGUCGACCCUGCAACAUUUCAUCACUAUCAGCCCGGAUGGACCUUGGUUGGCGGUGGCCUCAAGGAUAAAGAGCAACUGAAAACACCUCUUGCCAGCCUCAUCAACCCCAAGUUUAAAUUCUACAACAACAACGUCGCCACGAUUUCGCCAAAAGACAAUCACGUGACUCUCGGAAACGGCGACAAAUUGGGUUACGAACAUCUUGUCGUGGCACCAGGUAUCGCCAUAAAUCACGGUAGCGUCAAAGGCCUUCCUGAUGCUCUCGCCAAUCCGGACUCUCUAGUAUCCUCCAUCUACGACUACAACUACUGCGACAAGGCUUUCCGCACCAUCCAGAAACUUGACAAGGGAAAUGCAAUCUUUACCCAGCCUGCGGGCGUUGUAAAAUGUGCUGGUGCUCCCCAGAAGAUUAUGUGGCUCGCGCUCGACUACUGGAAAAAAGCCGGUCUGUACAACAAUACUUCUAGCUCGCCCAUCAACAUCAGCUUUGCCACUGGCCUUCCAUCCAUGUUCGGCGUUCCCAAAUACGCCACCGCUCUCAAUGAACUCAGACUUGCGCGGGGCGUCGAAGGUCUCUUCACGCACGAUCUCGUGGCCAUCGAUGGAAAUACUGCGACUUUCUCUACUGCAGAUGGCCAGCAAGUCCAGAAGCACUUCGACCUGUUGCACGUCUCGCCCAAGAAUGUCCCGCACGCAUUCAUCAAGGAAAGCGGACUCGCAAACGAAGCAGGAUACGUCGACGUUGAUGACGGAACAACGCGCCAUAAGAAGUACGAAAACGUCUGGUCGAUCGGCGACGCCUCCAGCCUGCCAACCUCCAAGACCGUCGCAGCCAUCACCGCCGAGGCACCUGUAUUGGUGUCCAACCUGCUCGCAGCCUACGAAGGCAAGGAACCUUCGGCCAUCUACGACGGAUACACAUCAUGCCCUCUUCUCACAGGUGAAGACAAGGUGCUUCUCGCGGAGUUCAAGUACGGCGGCGUGCCAAAGGAGACAUUUAACAAGAUGUUCGGAAUCGAUCAAGCGAUCCCUCGGAAGGCGUUCUUCCACCUCAAGAAAGACUUCUUCCCUUGGGUGUAUCACAAGUACCACGUGACUGGAAACUGGGGAGGGCCAAACGGCUUCGUUCGAUAG